CAAAAUCAGAACAUCGCCGCCAUGGAGAGCAGCAUGGCAGCCCUGUCCGAGUCAGCCGCGCUGUUCGAAGUGUCCGUCCCAGAUUACAGACAGCUCAAAGCGUGCCGCAGGGAGGCGCGCCUGCUGAAGGCUCUCUGGGACAUGAUCAUUCUGGUUAACAGGACCAUUGACGACUGGAAGACUACCAGGUGGAAGGAUAUCAACGUUGAGCAGAUGGAUAUGGAUUGUAAGAAAUUUGCUAAAGACAUUCGGAGCUUGGGUAAGGAGAUGAGAAGCUGGGAUGCGUUCACAGGGCUGGACAACAGCGUGAAGAACAUGAUAACGUCCCUGCGUGCCGUGAACGAGCUGCAGAGCCCGGCCAUCAGGAAUCGGCACUGGCAGGAGCUCAUGCAGGCGACCAAGGUGAACUUCACCAUGUCUGAGGACACAACCCUCGGGGAUCUGCUGCAGCUGAACCUGCACAAGUUCGAGGAUGAGGUUCGUGACAUCGUGGACAAAGCCAUGAAAGAGCUGGGGAUGGAGAAGGUGCUGAGCACUCUGGACACGACCUGGGCUGCGAUGGAGUUCGAGCACCAGCCCCAUGCCAGGACCGGCACCAUGCUCCUCAGGCUGGACGAGGCGCUCAUUGAGACACUGGAGGACAACCAAGUGCAGCUGCAGAACCUGAUGACCUCCAAGCACCUAGCCUUCUUCCUUCAGAAGGUGUCAAGCUGGCAGCAGAAGCUGUCGACUGCUGACUCUGUUAUCAGCAUCUGGUUUGAGGUGCAGAGGACAUGGAGUCACCUGGAAAGCAUCUUCAUUGGCUCCGAAGACAUCCGCAGUCAGCUGCCGGAGGACUCGAAGCAUUUUGAUGAGAUUGAUCAAGAUUUCAAAGAAAUUAUGGCUGAUGCCCUUACAACUCCCAACGUGAUUGAAGCUACAAACAAGCCUGGUCUCUACAAGAAGCUGGAAGCGCUGCAGAAAAGAUUGGAGCUCUGUGAGAAGGCUUUGGCUGAAUACCUCGAGACCAAAAGACUGGCUUUUCCCAGAUUCUACUUUGUUUCCUCUGCAGACCUGCUUGAUAUCUUAUCUAACGGGAACGAGCCAGUCGAGGUGUGCCGGCACCUGCCGAAGCUCUUCGACAGUCUGGCUAAACUGCAGUUCAAGCUGAGUUCGGACAAAAAGCCGCUGAAGGUUGCCCUGGGGAUGUUCAGCAACAACGAGGAGUUCGUGCCCCUCGAUGCAGACUGUCACUUGUCUGGGAAGGUCGCUCUGACGUGCACCCAGAUCUGGUGGACCACAGAAGUCGGCAUCGCCUUUUCCAGGCUGGAGGAGGGCUACGAGAACGCCAUGAAAGACUACCAGAAAAAGCAGAGGGCUCAGCUCAACGCACUGAUUUCACUGCUCAUCGGAAACCUGACGGCCGGAGACAGGAUGAAGAUCAUGACAAUCUGCACCAUUGAUGUCCACGCCAGGGACGUUGUGGCCAAAAUGAUCCUGGCAAAG